AGUAAACGAAGCGCGCAUGUGGCAAGGUAAGCUUUUUUAAUUCACUAUUUAGAAAAUGCUUAAAUUGUUUUUUUUUUCAAAUGUAGAAUGUUGUGUUAACGUGGCGAGCAGUUCAGCUCCCGUUCUGAGUUACUAGAAAAGCAAUGCCACAUUUUUUCCAUUUGUGGCAAGUACACUGAAUCACAAGCGAUGCGUACGUAUCGUAACGAUUUGUUGUCUUUUUAUUUAAAUAUUUUUUUGGUUUUUUCUUCUUCAAGUUCAUCCGCCACACAGAGUUCUAAACACUCCGCAACAGACCUUAAAAGGAAGAUAAUUUUUUUUUUCAUUUAUUCUUAAAAUCGAGUCAAACAAACGAAGUGCAAAAAACCCCGAGUGGCUUACCUAUUUAUACUUAAGAGGUAUUGGUUAAAUGAGAGAAACUGCCUUGUUUUCAAAAUUAUCCUCAUAAGCCUUUUCUGUUUGUGAAUAUGAAUACUUCCUAUAUACAAAACGUUUCGUUUUUUGGCCGGAUUCUAAUUUUCCGCACAACUACAUCUGUUAUCUUCAAGCUCAUGCUAUCAGCUAGCAAGGAAGAAAAUUUUCAAAUUUGCGUGGCUUAAUAUUACUUCUUAUAAUCUUAUACAAAUGUAGGUAAAAUUCAUAACCUACUUUUGUUUUCCAAGUUCAAAACAGACCUUGCAAAAUUGACAAAGCUAAGUUCAUUAAGUGGCGUUUAUUUCUAGUAAUUAGAACGUUUUAAGGCAAGCCAAUCGAAAUAUCCGUCCUGAAUCGUUUAAAAGCGUCUUUGAAACCCAUCUCUAGUGUAAAGUCAAUAUUGGAACAAUGGAUCCACCAGUAACUCAAUCUUAUUCACUUGGUCGUGAAUGAUGUAAAAUAAAUGGAUGAUGUCGUUGUCAUUUCUCAGCCCUUACGAACUAUGUACUUGGACUUUUUAACGAGAAACGUUAGAUUUUGAACCCGAAUGUGCGACAUAGUCAUGAUUCAAUAAAUGAAUUGAAAAUCGUGUUUCACCGGUGCACGUGCAUUGCAUCUAUUGGAUAUCUAAGUCUUGUAUUAUAAUAUUGACAAUUUGUUAAAAGGGAAUUGCCAUUUUUAUUUAAUCUACUCUUUACGCUAUUGGAUGGUAAGACUUGAGACGCUGUUAAGUGCCUGCUUAAACCACAAGCGUUAUGGCCUAAGGAGAAUCUCAAGUUACAUUACUUUGCAUCUCAUUAAAGUCAAAGAGUUGAAACGAUUCAAGAAAGUUUCAAGUGACUUGAGAAUAUCAUCUUGCGCAAAGAAAUCCCUUGUGCGUCCAUUAGUAGCCAGAGGGAAAAAUUUAAAUGAAUAUUUACAUAACUUGAGAAAGGUAUCUUGGGAAAGAUUAAGCCUUUGAUAGUACAAACCAUGAUAUUUUCUUUCUAAACAACAAAAACUUGGCAAUUGCGCACUUGCAUGGUUCACUGAAUAGCCACGUGGCUGACGGAUACCACCCAGACCAGUCAAAUCUGCUCCUUAAAUACGUGUUUCUCCUCAACGCCUUACAUGAGACUACUUUUCCUUAUUAGUAUUUACAUGAACGUCUUAUGUUUCAAGAAACUGUUUAACAUAACGCUACCUCGAUGACACUUAACUCUUCUUUCGAGAUGCGAGUUGACUGCUGAUACUAUGCAGUAAUUUAAUAAUUUUCUGCUUUUAGUAAAAGGGCAAAACCAAACUUAUAGUCUUCGGAACCAGAUAAUUAGUUGCCAACUCCCUGGUUUCAGAAUACUCUACUAGGGAAAGAUCUUUUCCCUGCAUCCUCAGCAAAGGACCUUGGGGGUGUUCUAGACCCGCAACUCACUUUUGACGAAUAUAUUUUGGAAACCACCUCAUCCUGUGUGUCAAGCCUCUCGCACUGAGAUCAGUCGUGUUAAACAUUUUUCAAUCGCAACCAGUAAGUUAAUGCCUAAUGCUAAACAUGGUUCAAAAUUGUUUUCUUCAUAACAGCUGCUUACUCGGACUCUUGGCCAUUGCAAAUAAUGUGCAAAUAACAGAGUAUAGUACAGUUUUUUGUGAAUGAAUCUUUUGUAAAUGUCUGAUUUGCAUCAUUCUAUUAUUUUUUCCAUUUGUUUGAAACUUGUUUAAUUAAACAUGCUCUAUUUGGUGUCCGGAAUGGGGCUUCGGUAAAGAAAUUACUUUAUCCCUACACUGUGAUGGAACACCUGAUAUCAUAUUCUCCAUUUACUAUUCAUGCUUGUUUAAUUUUAGGGGUCGCGAAUCUUAGUUCCUUGAAAUCUGAAUUUGCGUAAGAUCUUUUUAUUUUGCUAUGUUGUUAUUUCAAUCCUGUCAAUCCCAAUCAGGUGUAUGUGAAACUGAAUGUGGUAGUCUGACUUCUACAUUAUUCAAGAUUAUGAAAUGAAACGUUCCCAAAGGCCUUACACUUAACACAAUGAACCAAGUUGACAAGACGUUUUCACAAAUUUAAUGGAUCACGUGACGGUAAAUGAUAUCUUAUUUUUCUUCAGGUUAAGCGCCCACUAACUUAAAACAAAUUGACAUUCGAACGGUUUCAUGUGAACCAAAUUCUACACGAAACCAAUUGAAAUGCGUGUCCAGGUCAUAUAACCAAUUUUUAUUUGACUGUGAGUUUUUUUGUCACUUAAUAACUUUUAAACUUUGAUGUCGCCUAAAUCGACCAUAAAUCCAAUUACAUUUGAAAAGAGGUCUUGCAUUCCAAAAACAAUGCUGCAAAACGUUUUCUGUAAAAACAAUUUUCCUAGUGCGCACAAGCUCUAAAGAAAAAAAAAAGGAGUCAUAAAUUUUUAUCUUACUAUGGAAACACUUUCAAGAACAAAGAGGUGUUUACAUGACAAUGGGGCGAAUUUCGCGCAGGCGUGAGUUUACUCCGGUUCUCUCUCGUGGCUCUGUAUUUGUUUAUAUGAUACCAUCACCUAGGUAUUUAACCAGGGUAAACCCCUCAGUGGUCAAGCGAGCCACCACAAAAUGUCGUGCCGGCGCGAGUCACACCGGUGUGAGUUCACCCCGGUUGUUGCACCGGAGCGAGAAUUUCACUCCGGUAAGAAAUUUCGUAACGUUAUUAAUAUGUGAACUCGAAACGACCCCCCGUUUCGGUGUGAAAUCGGUCUGCCGGUCGACUGGAACUUGUAGCACAUGCGUAGUUUUUGUCAAUUCAGGAUGGCGUCGUCCUGUUCGUCAUGGGACGAGGAAAUAGCAUUCAAACAUGUAAACGCGAUAUGAUAACAGGAAGUCAUCCCGGUAUGAAACUCGCGCCAGUGCGUGUUUUCUCAUGUUAACACCCCUUAAAGCUCACUUGACCAGCUUUAAGCGAAUUUCAUGUCGAUCGGCCUUUUUCUUGGAGAGAGACCAUUCUCUUAGCUUCUUGGGCAGAUUAAUGCGAGUGACCCGCUUCUUAAGUUACCUGAGCAUCAGUUUGAAAUUGUCAAAAACGGACUAAUUUUUCCUCCUUCGGACCAGAAUAUAUCAAUAACAAUUAUUUACGUGUUCCUUUGCGUGUUCAGCUGCUUAGCAUAAAAUUAUCAAAGCGAGCAUACAUUCAAAUAUUUUGACUGCCUAUUUGCUACCAGAGACGAUUUUUUAAAAGUUUGGCUUUAAAAAAUUCUAACCAGGAGCUUGAGCAGUUGGAGUGCCUGAAAAAAUCCAAGGCAAAAAUUUUCCUGGUCUCUCAUCUUUGAACCCUGACAUGUACAUUCCAGCGCUUUCAGUUUUUAGACGUUUUGUAAUAAAGCAGACUAAUUACAGCUCUGAGGACUAACACUUUAAUGUGCGAAGAGCCGCUUUUAUGCAAAUAUGAAGCAGUUUAGUAUAAAACAUGGGAAUUGCUAUUUCUGUAAGUUUACAAACCUACUUAAUGCUGAAUUUGACUAAAUUUGACGAAUUAUAUUGAAAAAGAUUAAUUUGAAACAACGUAGUUACGCGAUCUUGCCAUAGUGAAGCGUAGUUGUUAUGAAAUGUCAUUUAACACAAACCACUCGAUAUGUUUAUAUUAAACUACUCAAACACUUAAGACGCAGAAGUUGUUCAUUCGCCAGUUUAAUAGCGAAGAUUACACUUAUUAAGCACAACACGAAACUACAAUUGCCCUAGAUAACGGAAAAACUUGAGCUGAAACAAAUUUUUUAAUAACGACUAGGAACCCUUUAGGUAAGUUUGAAAACUUGUUAUUACAGAGGUAACUACAAACCAAACGACGGAGGAAUUUUUUUUGCCGAACUAAAAAGUAAAAUAAUUUUGAUUACUUCUGUUGCCUCUUCGAUGAUUAGGACAGUGGUAGAGUAAAAUCAAUGGCAAUCUCACACGGUUAGUUUGAGGGGAAUCUUGAAAAACUCAGCUUAAUCAUCAGCUUGAUAUGUGUAUAUAGGUUUUCUGCUUCAUAUUGGUAAUCGAUUAAAUGAAAAUGGUUUAUUUAAUGGCACACUCUGUGUGCUGUUUAAAAUGGGAAUGCCAAUUUCCACUUCGGCCUUGCUGAAGGCUAAAGCAAAUGGUAGCAAGGUAUUCCUGUGAAAAUAGUUCUUUGUCUCGAUCUGUUAAUAAUUUUUUAAAAUACGAUAAGAAUAAAGAAAUUAUGGGUCAAGAAACAAUCACAUGUUAGGUGGCUUAGCCUUUUAUCUCUGACUUGUGUUACAUUUACCUAACACGAAAGGUUCAGCCGUUGAAGCCAUACAACACAAAGUAUCACAUCUUAUAUGGAUCGGCAUAUGUUGCCUCUGUCUUUUGAUUUCCCAUGUGUCCUUUUUAAUUUUUUCCCCUUUUUAAAAAGGGAGGUGGGAGAAACGUGUUGUAGUAUUGACUUAUGAUUGAAGCUGUUUCGCUCUUUCGUAGGCUGUAGAAUGGAGGCAUUAAAUCACACAGAGAGAUCUAACAUAACUGAUCACGAAGGUCCAGAAAGCGACGGAGAUGACUACAGUAACGAGGAAACGGAUAACGUAACAAAGAUAGUCUUCGUUACUGCUUACAUCAUCAUUAUCAUUUUUUCGUUGGUUGGCAAUUCGCUCGUCAUACACCUCGUGCGCACGCGUGGGCAUAUUCGCAAAAACCCUUUCAACUGGCUUUUGGCAAACACGGCUGUUGCUGAUGCGAUAGAUGUGAUCACAGCUUCCUCUUCCUUAUUACCGCAAUUGCUAGUUGGUUCUCGAUGGAUACCAGGAAUAGUAGGUACAAUUCUCGUCAAGAUCAUCCCAUACCUCUUGCUCGUCUCCAUUUGUGUUGCCAUCUGGACGCUAACAGUGAUUGCCGCUGACCGGUAUCUGGCUAUUGUAAGCGUCCGACCAAGGACACUGUCAUCCCGAUCUGUGGUGCGUGUCAUAGUCGCCCUUUGGUUGUGUGGUGGAGUGAUAUUCAGUGGCCAGUUGUACAAGUUUCAAACAGAGGUAACCGAGGACGGAACAACUGAGCGCUAUGACGAUUGGCACGUUUCAGAGAAGACAUCUGAGACUAUCUACAAGGCGGAAAUGAUUUUAAGAUUUGUUUUAACCUAUGCAGCCCCCCUGAUCAUUAUGACAAUCUUUUACUCCUUGAUCGGCCUCUUCUUAUGGAGACAUAAACCACCAGGGCACGUUAACAGACAGGCUUACGCAAAACAGGCAAGAAAUCGUCGGGCAGUUAUCAAGAUGCUGAUCACAGCUGUGACGGUGUUCACCAUCUGCUGGCUCCCAGUACACUUUGAUCACAUAAUGUCUAAGUUUUACGAAGAGGCGUACGAGGGAGUGCCCACUAUUGUGCAGUAUUUUUUCUACUGGCUUGCUCACGCAAAUGCUGCAAUUCACCCCUGGCUCUUUAUUGCUUUCAGCGAAAACCUAAGGGCGGAAACGAAAGCAAUAUUUCGAUGUGCCUGGUACUGGACGCCAUAUAGUCAGAAUCAACUACCAGCAACCACGUCGACGCAAAGUUCGAGGGUCACAUCUUUACAGUCAAAACCAUCAACAUAUCUCGCAGCACCAAGGUCCUUGAAUGACAUGAAUUCCAAUCUUGGUCUGGAAACGAAGUUCUGAAAUGAUGUUUUUGUACUUGGCUUUCCUAUCAAGGAACGAUCAUAUUCAGGAAACUUGAACAAAGGAAGGAAAACUAUUGACAACUGGGACGGUGGGUGGGGUGUAGGUGGAGAUUAAUGUU